AUGAAUACUAUCUGCCCGCGACUGCUCGGUCUCAGGCUCCACAAAGAAUCCGUUCAAGACCUCGAAUUCUCUAAAGAUGAAAGCUACUUGGCGACGCUUGGAGGCCAGGAUGACAAUAGCUUGGUCAUCUGGGAUGUGGCGGAUGCAAAGGCCAUCUGUGGCACGACAGCUGCAGCCGAUACCGCGCUGUGUGUGAAGUUCUUCAACAGAACAGAGACGUUUUUGCUUACGGCCGGCUGCUACCACGUCAGAAUUUGGCAACUGGACGUCAAGAACAAGAAACUCCGCCUAAACGAAUGCAAAUUGGGAAAACUCCAACGCGUCACGCAAUGCGUCCUGAUAACACCUGAUGAUGCAUUUGCUUAUUGCGGGACUCAGUCAGGUGACUUUCUGGAAAUCUCUCUUAACAACGGACUGUUCAAGAGGUCGGGUCCCGUCAAGGGCGCCUUUCCCCAAGGGAUAACCUGCAUCGCACACCUGCCGGAUGGGGAUAUGCUUGUAGGAACUGGAGAAGGAGUACUUGCGAAGAUCGAGGCUGAUUCCUUAGCCACAAAAGGGACAUGUCAGGUCCUCGGUGCAGUAACAAGCAUCGUAGUAGCUCCCGACCAUCAGCAUUGCUUCGUUGGGACAAAAGUUGGAAAUAUGUACUGGGUUGACCUGGCUUCGUUAACCCCAGAUAUCCGGUACACGUGCCAUGUUGAAAGAAUAAACUGCGUCACAUUCCCUCGAGACUUUUCAGAGAUCUUCGCUACCGCGUCCAUGAACGAGAUACGCCUCUGGAAUACACGAACGUGUCAGGAAUUACUACGAAUACAUCUCCCGCAUCUAGAAUGCUACGCGGUGGCGUUUAUGCAAGACGGUGCAGCGAUUAUCUCCGGUUGGUCGGAUGGCAAGAUCAGGGCCUUCCUGCCUCAGUCUGGACGGCUUCUUUACGAGGUCAAUGACGCGCAUAAAGAUGGCGUCACAGCUAUUGCCGGGACACAGGAUAGCAAGCGAAUCGUCAGUGGUGGAAUGGCGGGAGCUGUCCGAGUAUGGAGUGUUGGCGAACACACUCGAACACUGCUUGCAAGCUUGAAAGAACACAGAAGCCGAAUUUGGUCACUUCAAUUGAGGAAGAACGAUAUGCACGCGGUCUCGGCUGCUGCUGAUGGAAGCAUCAUAGUGUGGGAUCUCGGAACGUACACAUCUGUCAUCUCUCUAGUGGAAAAUACAAUAUUUAAGAGCAUCGUGUAUCACCCCGACGAGAUUCAACUGCUCGCGACUGGAAGUGACAGGAAAGUUCAUUUCCUUGAUACUUACGACGGUGGCAAAAUACGCGAUAUUGAGGCAUCCGAUAAAGGGGAAACGAACUGCGUGGCGAUCACCAAGGAUGGCAAUUAUUUCUGCUCAGGUGGUGACGACAAGAUACUGCGGCUCUGGGGCUACGAGAGCGGAGAACCUCUUUACAGUGGAAUAGCGCACACAGACUCCAUUACCUGCUGCUGCCUCAGUCCGGAUCAAUCCACCCUCAUUUCUACGGGCCGAGAAGGCGCCAUCUUCGUCUGGAGUACUCCAGAAGAGAUUAGAUGUCCCCCUCGUUCAGCUGGGGGUGAUCUCCAGUUUGGAACACAAACGCUUAGAACAGGAAAACGCAGUGAACGCUGCGCCACUUCGUUGGGGCUGUCAAGUUGA